CUACUCAAUUCCACAAUUAGUUCCAAUCUUCAACGUAUUUUUGAUUAGACUUUAAUCAUGUUAGUGCUUCUACUGAUUAGUGUUUGUCUAAAAUGUAUACACACCCAACAAUACCCUAGGUUCUUUGAUAAAGAAGAUUUGCAGGAGCUCGGGUAUUUGAGCACUCACAACAACCCAAACCCAGUAGUGAAGCAAUAUUAUGACCCGCAACCGACCACCGUGAGCAGAACCCUAGCUCCGAAACAGUAUGGAAGAGCUCCAGCGCCCACGAAACGCAGUCUACCAAUGAACUUCGGGAGAACGGAUGAAAACUAUUAUGGUUCUAUGAUGUCGGCGACACCUGAUUAUAAGCCGUUAAGGCAUUCAUCUACAGAAGAUAUAGCUUUAUUGGAAGAAAGGUUAACUAAGGCUGGCAAGUGGUACGAAUUUAUUGAAUUAACUAAUAAAGAGAAGGAAAAAUAUGGGAAUAAAGUAAAGCCAAACGCUUAUUCCAGAAGUUUAGUAGAAGAAAAGCCUAAACCUAAGCCACAGAAAACUCCUCUACGAGGAAAUGGACUGCCUAGUGCUGGGUUCCAAAUGUACUGGAGUGGCGAUGAAGUUGAAAAAAAUCCAAAUUAUAAUAAAUAUCUAGAGGCGCCACAACAGCAAUCAUAUUCUAAUCCAACUUAUAUGAAUUUUCAAGAAAACCCACCAUUACGAAAUCUUGUAAGUAAUUUUCAAGAGAACCAACAACUACGGAAUCUUAAUACUAAUUAUAAUCAAAGCGAUCCAGGUCUCCAGAAUUCUAACCCGUCAUAUUAUAAUAAGUUUCAAGGUGAUAAAAAUCUCGCUCCACCGAUGCAGUACCAUCCACGGGAUAUGCCGCAAUUUUUAACAGGAAAACAAAUGCUGGCAAUGGCUGAACAAAAAUUACAAAAAUUGGAGCCGCCAAACGAACAAUCAGCAAGCAAUCAGUCGCCGCAAACGUCGCCCCAACUACGAAACGAGCCGAAUCUGAAAAAGGAAGAAGAGGCCAUAACUCCACCGACGGACAUGAAAGUACAGCCUCAAGCAAUCGGAACAGGAUUGGCAGCAUUCAAUAUGUCCUAUGAUAAAUAUCUACCUAAAAUUGACGACUUCGGCUCUCCUAUUCGAUGGGUGGCUUAUAACUCGAAUGAAACUGAUGAUGGUUUAGCGAAGGUCACGGAUCCAGGUACUGGAAAAAACCGCCAAUUCGUCAUGAAUGGUAUAGUCUUAGUCCCGAUUAGUGACAGCAGUAUACUGAGAUUGGGCUAUGCUGACGUGUCCACCACACCACGAGCUCAAGUCCUCACCACUGACGGUACAGCGCUGCGAACCAUCAUUGACAACAUGGACCUCAAAUCUGUUGAUAACCGCGACUGGCUGGCGUUUGAAACAGUGCUUGGAUUGCAAAAUGUUGAGCAGAAGUGUGAUGUAGAUGGUUGUCAAGCAAGGUGUCACAAAUCUGGAUGUGAUUCUGCGUGUCUUGGAGAUACAUGUGCAUCAGGGUGUGUUGGAGCCUCGUGCAAUUCUUUUGUGAGUAAAAUUGUUAAUUGUAGCGGUGUAUUUAAAUGUUUUUUUUUGUAUAACGUUGUUUCAUUUCAGUGUAAGGGGCCUGGUUGUUUUUCAAUGUGUAUCGGCGAGGAAUGCACUGCGCGGGUAAAUGUAACCUUUUAUUUGUUAAAUUUGUGGCGUUUGGUUAUUGCAUAUCAUGACUUUGUGACAGUUAACAGGAUUAAGUACACACAGCUCCAAAUUAUUUUAAACGCGGAUACAGAACAAAUGUAUCAAUUACAAAGAAAUUAAUGGAUCGUGUCUAUGUCUACAUUUAUUUGGGACUGACUGUAUUUUUUUUUUAUAAAUAAAUCCAAGGUACAGGUCAAAGCUCGAUCGCUUCCAAUGCAAUUAUUCAAAACUAUUUCAUCAUAUAUUCCAAACAUAGCGACAUAGACCAAGUAGAAUUAAUAGUCUUAGAAUGUUUAGACGUGACUUUAAACAUUUAAAUUAUAGGUUUAUAGCUGCGGCUUUUCCUGAAGUAAUCAAAAGUGUACCUUACGUUUUGAGUAAUAAUGCUUAAAAUAGUUAUUUUUAUUUUUGAAAUUCCUAUAGACCUAAACUACCUCCUUUCCUAAUCUCCGUUCUUUUCUUUGAAGACUAAUAACCCGCCCAUGUUUCUAAGGAUAUUGUGCGUGUUUAUCAACAGCACAGAAAAAUUAAGAUUAGAGGACUCAUUGGGCCAUUUAUUGUAUUAUAACGUAUCAGCACCCGUGAAGGCCCAUCUAAUUUUAAAAUCAUGAAAAUAUAUAAAGAAAAUCCUACUAUUAAAUGGUCUACAUAUAAUUACAUAUGAUAAAACUUAAUAAUUAAAUAACUUAUGAAACCAGUAGUAUGAUUUUGCAAAAUAACACAAAAAUAUAACUAACAAAAGCCCUAGUAUGAUUUAACAAUAAAACACAAAAAAAAAAUAUCAAAAAAAUGGUGGGCUUUGUUAGGAACCGGGCUUUAUUACCGCAGACUAAUUUAUAAUAAACCGGCAAUUUCUAUUACCGAAAUAAUUGUGCUAAUGCGUAUGUGUACGUGACUGUUUUAUUUUAGAUGGAUAUGUCGAUUCUCAUCUAAAUUCUCAUGGCAUGCGAUGAAGAGACAAUACAAUAAUAUAAAUAUUAAAUAAUUUAUUAAAUAGAUUUGUAUUUGUUUAUUUGUCGCAACGGUUUGACGUUUUAUUUGUAAUUCUUUAAAAAAGUGCUGCCAUGACGGCUUCCAGAAAUAUUAAAGGUUUUUCUUAAUUCGCUUUAUAUAAUGUAUUAUAAUAUCUCACUGUGGGAUAUGAGCUUCGCCUACUAAUGACAGGGUUUAUCCCCUCUGUCCCCAUGUUGGCCUAAAAGAUAUGGGUAAAAUUCACAUAUCUUUAAAAUGUUUAUGAAAACAUUUUUAGUACGAAUACCGGUUUUUCUUCAUAAUAAAUUGAGUAACUUCAAUAAGAUUUAGAUAUUUAGAUAAAGUUUAUUAGAAGUAUAAGGGACCUUAAGAAACAAUUUCAAUAUUAAUCAAUCUAACCUGUUCUUUUCAUAAGUACAUAAGGCAUUUCUAAACAUUUAUUAAAACCGAGCACAUCAUUCCCCUUUGCCAUUUAAAAUCUGCUCACUCCCGACAAUUCUGAGGUAGGCGGUAUCAAACAAUUCCUUGGUCAUGUCUAAACAUUCCUAGUCUAUGGCACGUACGUUAUUGGAACAUCGCGGGCUCGGUUGCGCUGCGGUGCACGUUUUAUUGUGUCUUAUUGGAUUUCAGUGCGAAGGCAUGUCGUGCGAGGCUCGCGUGAGUACUGCAUCCAUCGAAAUAUUUGUAUACGCAAAAUAUUUAUUUGUGGCUGUAUAGAUUAGUUCCUUUAUGCGAUGUAAAGUAAAAGAAAUAGUUUUUUUAUUAGAUGAUGAAUUUUGCAGUGUCGUGGUCAAAAUUGUGAUGCUACAGUAAGUAAUUACGUAAUUGGUUUGAUCUACACAUUAUCUGAAGUUACUUUCAUAUAACAUAUGGAUGGAGCAUAAGUUACAAUAAUCUUUAAUAAUACCUAA